AUGACUCAUCUUAAUACCUGGCUAACUAAAGCAACCGGUGUUAGAAUUCCCAUCAUCCAAGGAGGCAUGAUGUGGGUUGGUAAAGCCGAAUUGACUUCGGCUGUCGCCAAUGCUGGUGCACUCGGAUUCAUAACAGCUUUUGCACAGCCGUCUCCUGAGGCUCUAAGCUUGGAAAUCCGCAAAUGCAAAAAACUCACAGACAAACCCUUUGGAGUUAACCUUACCCUAUUACCUUCUAUCAACCCGCCAGACUAUAAGGCAUAUGCACAGGCCGCUUUGGACGAAGGAAUCCGCAUCUUUGAAACUGCAGGAAACCCUCUCCCGGUUUUUAAGCUACUUAAGGACAAUGGAGCUGUGGUAAUUCACAAGUGCAUCAGUAUUCGUCAUGCCCUUCGUGCCGAAGCCCUUGGUGCCGAUGCAAUUAGCAUUGACGGCUAUGAAUGUGCCGGGCACCCUGGUGAGGACGAUGUGACAAGUUUGAUUCUGUUGGCUAAGGCAGCCCGAGUGCUUAAGAUUCCAUACAUUGCAUCCGGUGGGUUUGCAGAUGCACGCGCAUGCGCCGCGGCUUUUUCCAUGGGUGCUUCCGGGGUUAAUAUGGGCACACGUUGGUUGUGCACCGUGGAAGCACCCGUUCACAUGGCAGUCAAGGAGCAAAUCACCAAAGCCAAGGAGACGGACACACAGCUGAUUCUGCGGGCAUUCCGUAACACAUCGCGUGUGUAUAAGAAUGACGUGUCAGUGGAGACUGCCCGCAUUGAGCGGGAGAAGCCUGGCGUCAAGUUUGAGGACGUGCGUGAGCUGGUGGCUGGUGCUCGUGGAUCCACAGUAUACUCGACGGGUAAUGUGGAAGCUGGUGUGUGGUCUGUAGGACAAUGUAUUGGAGUUAUUGAUGACAUUCCUACCUGUGCAGAGCUUGCUUCUCGUCUAGAGCGUGAGAUUAUAGAGAUUUUGACUGAGACUCCAAAACGGAUUAUUGUGGAGGACCGUGAUAAUAGUUCGAAGCUUUAA